AUGGCGGCAACACUACUACGCCGGAAAGAAUUUCGACCUAAUUUCGACCUAACUUCGACGCUAAGAGCCCUGCACCAGAACGAUGGCGGUGCUCAGCCAGUAGAGAGCAAAACCGGCAUUAACGUCAUUCUCUGUCCCUACAGCUUCAACAACACCAACCGAAGAGCCAGUUACAUGGACUGCGUAGCAGCGAUCAGUAAGGGAACUUCGCUCGAGAACGUGAUGCCGAACAGCGUUACUCUCCUUCAUGAGGCGUUUCAUGUCGUUCACGGUACCAAUUUCCUCGGAAUAUCUGAGCAAUAUGGACUGGCUAGAUAUGUGAAGGCUACGAGUGAUAAUGCUCCUGGAGUGGUAUAAAAAAAAACCAGAGAACUACGUGUACUUUACCGCGGCCAUGAACUACCUCUUUGGGAAAGCAGCGGACGGUAUAGCCACCAACUGGGACUUUACCAGUGGGCCAGAUAAAGCCAAGGCUGUUUCUUGAAUUGAAAGGAUGAAGUUGAGGAUGCCAGAUGUCAGCGUGCGCGGGUGGAUUAUACGCAAGAAAAGGGGGGUAGGGGUCUUUUCACUUGGGAAUGUGUCGUUUUCAACAGCUAAGAACAUCCGAGCCGGCCAAUUAUUCGUGUAUAAACAAAUGCU